AUGACCUCUCUAUCGAAAAUGCCCGGCAUGUCAGCUCAGCCAAAUUGGACCACUGCUCUCGCAGCCCAUCACUUUUCGCUGGUCCAAGAAUUCAUAAGGUCUAACCCUCAAUCUCAAGAAGCCUUUCAACAAGCCCAGCUCAUUCUUCCUGGGGGCAACACACGCUCAGUCCUGAACGCCACUCCUUUCCCACUUAGCAUCGAGUCUGCCCAGGAUGCGUUCGUCACGUCUGUCGACGGCAAGAGGUAUCUGGACUUUGUGUCCGACUUUUCGGCCGGUCUCUUUGGCCAUUCUCACCCGGAAAUUUCCCACGCAGUCGAAACCGCGGUUAAUUAUGGGUUUAGUUUGGGAGCAGUUACAAGGAAAGAAGCGAAACUGGCAUCUACGAUACAGGAAAGGUUUGUAAGCAUUGAGCAAAUACGGUUUUGUAACUCUGGGACGGAGGCGAAUAUAUACGCGAUUGCCACAUCAAUGGCGUUCACGAAGCGUUCAAAGAUCCUUGUGUUUUCUCAUGGCUAUCACGGCGGCGUUCUCAGCUUCGGCGCCGGGAAUCAAGCAUUGAAUAUCCCCCACGAUUUUGCUAUCGGCGUGUUCGACAACAUUGAGAAGACUCGCUCUCUAAUCAGCAGAGACCUCGCCGCCAUUCUUGUGGAGCCAAUGCAGUCCGCUGGUGGGAUGCGCGUAGCCUCCAGGGAAUUUCUCUCCUUCCUCAGAACCGCUGCAGAUGAGACCGGUGCGAUUCUCAUUUUUGACGAGGUGGUUACAUCCCGACUUCACUACAACGGUCUACAGGGGUAUCAUGGUAUCAAGCCAGAUAUGACGACGCUCGGAAAGUACCUUGGAGGUGGGUUGCCUUUCGGUGCGUUUGGAGGUCGCGAAGAUAUCAUGAGUCAAUUCAACCCGACGAGCUCAAUCUCCUCUGAGAGUAAAUUGCUACAGCACUCUGGGACAUUCAACAACAACGUCUUCACUAUGAGUGCCGCCCUCGCAGCCUCGAAAAUUGUGACUCCUGAAGAAAUCCAGCGGAUCAACAACUUAGGCGAUCGACUACGUGAGAGAGGAAAUCAGAUCAGCCAUGAAGCUGGGUUUGGGAGUGAGCUCAUGAUAAUCGGAUUUGGAAGCUGUGUUGGGCUGUAUUUUGCUAAUGAUCCAGAUGGGAUCCUGCGUGACUGCUUCUACUUCUCACUUCUACGGGCGGGAAUCAUGAUUGGUCGAAGGGGAUUCCUGAUGCUCAAUUUCGCGCAUACGGAUGUUUUGAUCGAGCGGACUUUGGUUGCGCUCCAGGACUGUAUUGGAGUCAUUCAAGGGUUGUGA